AUGAGGAUCACCCAACUCAACACUCUGGCUUUCAUCCCAAUUGCACUGUUACAACUGCUCGCUGUUCAAGCGCAGCUUCUCACAGACUCUAAUGCUCAGAAUUUGAAUACCGCCUUAGGCCAGAAAGUAGAAUACACUUUUUUCGAUGCUGGAAGUUCUGAUAAUCAAUUACUUCAUCUUCCAAGCACAAUUUCAUCAUCCGCUGUAGUUAAUUCCACCAGGUUCUCCUCAUCGUCACAUGUGCCAAAGGUGACCUCCAACGUCAUAUCAUCCGGAGAAUAUCCUUCACCAAAUUCCACUGUAAGCACCCAAUUAUCCACGUCAUACCCUUUCUCAUCCGCAAACCAAACAACAAGCUCUCAAACAACCAAUACUAUAGCUUCAAGCACAAGUACAGGCGGUGCGGGUUCAAUCAAGCCAUGUUUUUACUUUGUUUUAAUGUUGGAAACCAUCACUCACUUAAUUUCUUGA